CUCUGUGAUGGCGUCACGCUACCUCCUCAAGAGAUGAAUAUAACAGAGACAUAGAACAGUGGGGGAAGAAAGACGGCUAUAUCCGGCAUUUUAGUUAGGUUUACGCUCACCGGCUGCCUUCAUCUUAGUCUGGUUCUCCGGUGAGCUAAAGAAGAAGACAAUGAGAGGUUUCUCGUAUUUAAACCGGGCUGCGAACGCUAUUUGCAGCCCGCGACUUGAGAAAAAGGUUCGGCUGGGACGCUGCGGCAUUGCCUCCGACAGCAAGUUGCAGCCUGGCUUUGGUCUCCUGUUUGACAUUGAUGGAGUGCUGGUCCGAGGAAAGACGCCCAUCCCAGCAGCAAAAAAAGCCUUCCAAAAAUUAGUUAAUCCUCAAGGGCAGUUCCUUGUGCCUGUGGUGUUUGUCACAAAUGCAGGGAACUGCCUACGCCAGACCAAAGCAGACCAGCUGUCUCAUAUUCUAGGAGUGCCUAUUUCCCAGGACCAGGUGAUGAUGUCACAUAGCCCUUUACGAAUGUUCAGAAAGUAUCAAGACAAGUGUGUGCUAGUGUCUGGACAAGGACCAGUGCUAGAUAUUGCCAAAAACUUAGGUUUUUCUAAGGUUGUUACUAUUGACACACUCCGAGAAUCAUUCCCCUUGCUAGACAUGGUUGACCACAAUAGAAGACCGAAAGUACUGCCUUCCUCUGAUGUAAAUCUGCCAAAAAUAGAUGCUGUAAUUCUGUUUGGUGAGCCAAUCCGAUGGGAAACAAACCUACAGUUGAUUGUCGACGUUUUACUGACCAAUGGGAACCUAGGAGGUGCCCACAACAGCCAGAGCUACCCGCAUGUACCUGUGCUGGCCUGUAACGUGGACCUCCUGUGGAUGGCUGAAGCAUUGUCACCAAGGUUUGGCCACGGGACGUUCCUAGUUUGUUUGGAGAACAUCUAUAAGAAGAUAACGGGCAAAGACCUGAAAUAUGAGGCCCUGAUGGGCAAACCUAGCGAGCUGACAUACCACUAUGCAGAGUAUCUGAUCAGAUCUCAGGCUGCGAAGAGGGAAUGGAGGAACCCGAUUGGAAACCUGUAUGCCAUAGGGGAUAACCUCAUGACCGAUAUUUAUGGUGCUAACCUGUACAAUCGCUACCUGGAAGAGAAAUCCUCUAGAAAAAGUUCUAAAGCACUGGCCAAGGUGUUGGCGGGGACAGGGAGCAAUGCCAGUGCCGUUUCCCAGCAGGAAGAGUCGGACAAUGCCUGGGAGAGCGAACUGGCCCCCCCCUCUGCCACCAGCUGCAGGUCUGUUCUGGUGUGCACCGGAGUCUACAAUCCCCACACGCAGGUACCGUCCGACCCCAGCGAGUGCAUUACAGAGACUGUGUUCCACGGCCACAGAGACUUUCACUUCGACCCGGCACUGGUGGAGCCAGACCAUCUAGUGCAGGAUGUAGACGCUGCUGUACAGCUCAUCUUUGAACAGGAAAACUUUGCACCUCUUUAAAGACCAGUUAUUUCUGUUUUGUUCUACCAUAGUAAUUUAGAAGUUAUUAGUUCUCCAGAUGCCAAAAAAUAUUGAGUAGAGUAUGAAUGAUAUAAAGGUGAGUGCAUGCAGUCCUAUUUAAUCACUCCAGUUUGUCUUCUGGUUUUGUGGACAUUUUACUGGUGCGUAGAUUUUUAUUUUUUGUGAAUACAUUGGGUACCUACUAACCAGAAAUAUUCUGACCACCCUCCCCCUCGUAAGUGUUUUCAACGCUGUUCUGUGGGUUUUUUUUGUUUGUUUGUUUUUAUAAAAGCUUCAUGACUAACUAUUCAGAAUCGUUUCAAAGUCUGUUUGUCCUGAAAAGAAACAGCUGAAUAGGUACAUCUAUUGUAAA